GCUUUGUGUGUAUGAAAAGCAAUAACCUAAUCCAAGCUACGUAUGUUUACCCAAGGGCAUCUCAAGCGUUGAAGCAACAAAAACACCUUCAGAUUUACUAACUUCAAUUGUUUUCUCGUGAGCUUCUGUGCAAAACGGUUGGAACGGUUGCUUAGCCUGUCUGAGCCUACCGGGGCUGGGUCGCACUCUAGCAUGCGUGCCAACACACCGCGGCCACUUUAAGCAGCGACUGGCGGGAUGCCUCCUGCGACUUUACCUGCUAUCAUCCCGCCAAAGCCUAACCCGGGCGCAACGGAGAGCUUGCCGGAGAGCUAUGGCAUCCCCGCGGCAACUGCCGCCCUUCGUGGCGCGCUUUUUGAGGCCAGCGGCCGCGCCAGCCCUAGUCUGGCGCCCAUGGCUCCCGGCUCGCCCUCGCGGCCACUCAGCGCCCACACCGCCUCGUUGCUGAUGCAGAAUCCCGGUCUUAAUCUACUGCCGGGGCACACCCAGGUGCCUUUGCCGGUGGGCAUGGGCGGCGGUCUUCGCAGCAGUAACCCUGCAGUGCCGGCGACGCUGCUCGGAGCGCUGGCGUCCGGGACUGUAGGCGGACAAGCAGCCCAGGGGCAGGCUCCAGGCUCCGCGGACGCGGCUGCCAACGCGAGUUUGGCGGGCAUGGGGGCUGCAGCUGCGGCUCUGCGCAUUGCAGCCGACUCUCUUGUGUCUCAGCUGGAAUCGGCGGUGGUGGCGCGGGAGGCGCAGAACCGUGCGCUUCUAACGGUUGCAAAGGACAGCGUCGCGCCCGCCGGUAGCGCUGUUGGCGGCGGCGGUGCUGGCGCCAUGAGACCCACGUCCGCACGUGCGUUGGACCGGGCUUUGUCCGUGUCGCGAACUACUGGCGUUGGCUCGGGUCUGGGUCCAGCAGCCACCGAUGACAAACUGGCUUGGGUGCGCAACGUGGUGCGACAAACGGAGGGCGGACAGGCGUACGCAGCGGCGGCUGAGGAGCGGGAGCGAGAACGUGCCGGCAGUGUGAACGCGCCUGGCGGUGGGGUGGAGGCCAGUAGCGGCUCGGCGACUGGUUUGGACGGUUCACUAAGGCGCGGCCUGCCGCUGCCCGCGCUGCGGCCCAGCAAGCGCGAGGACGCGCUGCACCUGCAGUCCUGGCUCGCUGACACAAUGCAGCAAGUCAUGUCCGCAGCCGCAAAACAGCAACAGCAACAGCAGCAGCUGCAAUCACAGGCCGCGUCUGCGGACGCACCCACCGCCUCGGACCCGGGGCUGCAGGCCGCUGCGGCUGCGGAGCUGGCGGACGCGGCGCUGUACGUGGUGGGCGUGGGCAUGGAGGAGCUGCGGCGUCAGGUGGCGGCGGAGUGCCGCGAGCGCGGUGAGCUGCUGGGGGUGCUGGCGGAGCAGCAGGCGGGGCUGGUGGCGCUGCGGGGUGCGCUGGCGGCGGAGGCGCGCGCCGCCGAGGUGGCGGCGGCGUGGUCGGGCGUCCUUGCUGAGCGGGACCGGCUCACGCAUGACGCGGCCUCCUCAGCGGAGCAAGAGGCCGCAGGCGGAAGCGCGGGCGGGGCAGUAGCGGUGAUGGCGACGGCGGGCGGCCUUGCGGCGCAGCUUAUGGCGGCGCAGCAGGCCGCAGCGGCGGCGACACGGCGGUUCGCGCUAGCUGACGCGGCGCUUGCGGGCGAGGUGGCGCGGCGGGCGGCGGCGGAGCAGCAGCUCGAGGCGGCCAGGGAGCUUCUCCGGAGGCAAGAGGCUGAGUGGCUGCACCACCGCACCAUGAACCAGCGCUUCGAGGCGGAGCGGGCCGGGCUGCGGGACGCAGUGGAGGCAGCCAAGCGCCAGGCAGCGGAGGCAGCAACCACCGCCGCCGUAGCGCGCGACCAGACCCAGGAUGGCCGCGAGGAGGUUGCGCGUCUGGAAUCCGCGCUGGUGUCCAUGCGUCAGCAGUACGAGGGGAACGAGAUCCUGGUGGUGGCGCAGCGGCAGCAGGUGCGGGAGCUGGAGGCGGCGCUGGCGGACCUGCGCGAGCAACACCGACAACAGGCGGUGGCGCUGGGCAAGGUUGGCAAAGUGACAGAGCAGUACGAGACCGCUGCCGCUGACCUGCGCGCCGACUUGGAGGAGCAGCAGGCGCGAGUGGCGGAGCUCUCAGAAGCGCUGGCCGGCCGCACCAAGCGGCUCUCAGAGGUGGAGGACAGCCUGGUGGCAACGGAGCGGGCGCUGUACGAGGUGCGCGCCACGCUCAAGUCUAGCGAGGCCGCCGCCGCCAAGGCCAGUGCGGAGAGCGAGGCCACACUUCGGAAGCUGCGGUUGGAGCUGGCGGAUGCGGUUGAGGCGCGGCGGCAGGAGACCACUCGCCGAGAGGAGCUGGAGCGGGAGGCCGCCACCAUCACGGAGCUGGUGAAGCUGGUCGCGCGGACCAUGAUCAUGCAGGGUCUUGAGGGCGUGCCCAACAUCAACGACAAGAGCUGGAACAGUCCGGGCCCGCUGGGCGCAGCGCAGCGCACGCUGGGUCUGACCACGACGCAGCUGGCCAUGCUGUUCGGGCACAGCGAGGACAUGGGGCGGGAGCUGCGGGCCGCGACGGCAAAGCUAACCGAGGAGAAGGAGGCAAACGCCAAGCUGCAGCGUGAGCUGAAUACCAGCAAGACGGCCGAGGCCAAGAUGAUUCGGGAGAAGGAGGUGCUGGACAUGCGGGUGGCCACGCUGGAAACCGACCUGCGCGCGGUGCAGAGCGACGCGCUCAAGCAGCGCGCGGCGGCGGUGGACAGCGAGGCGCGCAUCAAGGUGCAGCACGAGACCAUCAUGGCGCUGCAGGCACAGGUCAAGGAGCUCCCGCCGCUGAAGAAGCGUGUGGACGCACUUCAUAUUGACCUGGAGCUGUCCAAGAAGAGUGACGAGGAGGCGCGCGAGGCGCUGUCACUCACACGAGCCAAUCUUGACAAGUCUGACGACACGGUGCGCUACUACAAGUCGGAGGUGGACCGGCUGCUCGCGCAGAUCGCCUCAUUGCAGGAUGACAUCAAGGGCCUGCGGGUGGCUGCGGCCCGGCUGGACGAGGAGCAGGCGCGCGUCAAAGCGCUGGAGGCGGAGGUUACGGCGCUCACGCACCAGCUGGACGUGACGGCGGAGAGCCACAGCGAGACGCUGCGGCAGCUGGAGCUCGCAAAGUUUUUCCUGCAGGGCCUGGAGGCCAACGCAGGCAAGGCCGACACGCCGGGCUCACCCACCCGCACGGGCCACGGCGGCCUCAGCCCCACCCGUACCGCAGCCGGCGCCGCUGGCAGCACCGCCGCCAUCGGCGGCGGGCCGCCCUCGCCCUCCCGCUCGUCCGUCACCUCGCCCUCGCGCUUCUCUAGCCGCCCCUCCGCCCUGGAGCCGACACCCCCGGGCGACGGCAUUGCGCCCGCUGCCAACAGCCCUGGGGGUGUGGCGGGAGAGGCCAGUGCUGUCUCGGGCGGCGGGGGCUCCGCCGCGCCCAGCCGCCCCUACUCCGCCUUCAGCCGCGUCGGGGGGCCUCCGCCCCCCGGCGCGCUGCUGUACACGGCCGGGAAUGUUGUGCUUGCAGGCGGGAGCGCGGGUGGCUCAAGGCCGGGCACGGCUGGGUCACGCAGCAGUCGGCCGGGCAGUGCACUGCCGCGCGGCGGGGCGGGGCGGCAGAGCCGGCCCCUGAGCGCCGUGAGCGUGGGCGGCCCCGAGCUGGACCCCGAGGACUCCAUGUUCCACACCGACAUGCCGCAGGAGGUGUUUGAAAUCAUGGAGGCCCGCGGCCUGCUGGACAAGCUCAACACCAGCAACGCCAAGUGGGCCAACGUCAAGAUCGGCAUCAUGGCCUGGUUCUCUGCCAAGCUGCGCAAGCGGCUGCUGGAGGUGACGGAGCAGCUGGCGGCCAAGGACCUGGAGAUCGCGCAGCUGCAUGUCAGCUACCUGACUGAAAUGACUGCACGCGAGGAGUUCAUCAGCACGGAGCUGCUGCCGACCCUCAUUCCCGCCAUGGAGAGCGCCAUGACGGACUCGCAGCGUGAGGUUGCGGAGGUGCGCUCCCAGCUGCCGAGCGCGCGCCGCGAUCUGAACGCGCUCGCUGCCAACUGCGCCGUCCUGGCACUCAGCCUCAAGGGCUACCGGGAGCGGGAGUCCAACGCUGCCAAUCACUCCACCCAGACCGAUGCGGAGGCGGCGGACGACUGGAGCCGCUUCGCCACCAGCCUGCCGCCGCUGCACCCGCAGAUGUCGCUGUCGCUGUCCAGCCUCACAGACACCAUCGUGCGGAUCUACACGCGCGCCGAGGCUACCGUGGAGGACGUGCCGACCUGGGGUCCGCCGCGUCAGGACACGGUGCAGGACGCCGUGAUGGGCCAUUACUCCAGCCAGCGCGCUCCCGGCACCUUCAUCGCCGACCUGAUCCGCGACCCCGAGGGCCCCAUCGCGCGCCUGCUGGGCUCGGCGCAGCUGCACGCGCGGAACACCAAGGUGGCGUGCUUCCUGUACUUCCUGGGCCUGUCGCCCGAGGGCGUGCACUGGCCCUCCCCCGCCUGGCACUUCUUCCUGCACACGCUGCACUGCAUGCGCAUCCUGACCGGCGGCACCUGGCGCGUGCUGGCCAAGCGCUGGGGCUCACCAGAGGGCGUGCAGAUCCCCAUGCCUGCUGUGCUGGACCUGGUGGGCAACAUGUUCAACGUGCAGGCGCCCGGCGACCUGGACGGCGCAGUCAGCGUGCGCCUGGCCGCCAUCGUCACGCCCGGCGCCGCCGGGCCCGCUGUGGACCUGGACGCGCUGCUGCUGCUGCUCGUGCGAGAGUACAACAGCGGCAACUGCCCGCGCGCGCCGAUGCUCUUCCCUCGCCGCCUCACCGACGGGCAGCUCUUCAACAUCUUCAACAGCGCCGGGCACAACGCGCACGUGGACACGUUGCGCGCCUCCGCGGCGGAGAAGUUCAUCGGCGCACCCACAGCGGGCCCAUCAGGCAGCGUGCAGCUGCGACGCGGGGGAGGAGGGGGCACGAAUGGCGCGAGACCAGGGACAAGUGCUUCGGUCGGCAGCAGCGGCUAUGGCCCGGGCAACAGCCUGAGCCGCCCGGGCACGAGCGCAAGCAUCGGGCUCAUGUCGCCGGGGACACCACAAGCAGGCGUAUUGCGCGACGGACCGUCUGCGUACGCGCAGCAGCCACACCUCACCUCCUCCUUCAGCCCGCAGUCGACCUACAACCUGGUUCCAAGCCCAGGGGCUGCGGCAGGCGGACUGGACCCCUCACACCCGCACGGUGACGUGGUGGAUAGGAGCCUGGGGAGCCCAGGCUAUGCGCCGGGUACCGGCGGUGGCCAGAGCUUCAUGGUGGGGGAGCACUCGCGUGUUAUGUUCCACGCCAACGUGCCGGACCUGGCAGAGGGCAGCAGCGUAGGCAUGGGCGCGGCAGAAGCCUCGAAUCCAGCGGAGUCGGGGCUGGAGGGCGGCCCGGGCGGCUCCAUGACUGUCAGCUUCGAGAUUGGGCACAGGAGCCACCGGGUUGCGUCACAGGCGUCCCUGGCGGCGGCACCGUCGGCAGCAGCCGGCGGUGGUGGGGGCUCCGCCGGGCCGUCGCCCAGUCCAAGCAGCAGUCGGCUCACAGCGCUGCCGUCGCCGGCUCGGUCCCAGAAGCGCUGACCCGUUCCAGGCGCGCGAGAUGCCGGGGCCUGAGUGCGCUGGGGUCAUGUGUAGUCGAGGGCAGGUUGAGGUUUGAUAAGGUAGGCUGCGUUGCACCUGCGGGGUCCAUAGCUUGCACGCCGCAAUGUUGAGCGGUGUUGGCCUCAAAGAGCGGCGGAGCCAGAACCCCGGCGGCGGUUGAGGCAGGUUUGAGGCAGUGUGCAUUGGGGUUUACGCGGGUUAAACACUUACGAGUGCGCUGGGCUGCACUACAAGCUGCUGGGAUAUGCACGUGUGUGUAUGUGUGUGUGCAUGUGUGUUGCGGAAUGCUGUUACGGUUCCGUUUCCAUCCAAGGCAGGAAUUCUCGCUGACCGACGGUGCGGCUGGUAGAUAACUUGAUGCAGGGUGCGUAAUUACUACUGUCUGGCUGUGGACGUGGACGUGGAGAUACCGGUACCUGGGGCUGGCAUUCUGAGCUUGGCUGGUGAAGGCAGCUGGUGAAGGCAGCCCGUGGAGCCAUGCAAGGCGGCAAUGUGUGUGUCUGGGUGGAGGAGCUACCGUAUGUGGCUACAUCUGCUGACGAGGGUUGACGACGUGAGAAUCCGGUUGCGUCCCCCCUGGCGCAGGGUAUGCACGCAUCGGGCAGCGCGACACUAAGUUAAUGAUCACGGAGCUGAGGGUGGUCCAAUACCGUGGUCCAAUGCGCCGGUGCUCUAAUGACCGCGGGCGGCGGGCGUGCACUUCGCUGCUGCGCAACAUUUAAGCCUCAGAGCAAUAUGUCA